AUUACUAUUCCAAACACCUCUUUCUCUCCAAGUAUAGCUUUUGGCUUUGGGCAGUACAACGUCACAAAAUGGGGGGAGAGCUGUUCGAAGAUUUGCCCCCUCCGGCUGCGCCAUCCGUCACUCCAACGGAGUCUUCACCGGCACCACUACCACCUCCACCUGCUUUGAAGAGUGCCCUUAAACGUACUAAACCACCUCUACAAUCACUACCUGAAACUUCUGCUCCUGAAAAACGAUUGAGGUUUAAAACAACCACGGAUGUCUCGGACACACAAGUUAUAGAAGCCAUGCAAAAAAUAGCAUCACAUAUAAAGAACACAUCAAAGUUUAGCAAGGCGUCAAAGCUUGCGAUGCAGUUGAUUCAAGCUGGCAGUGUAAAGCCUGCAACUAGUGACCAUUUCUUCGCCAUUCUUGAAGCUGCAAUGUCAUCACUCACCGCCUGUAAUGAGCCCUCUGUACGAGCAGAUUACCAUGAGUUAUUCACAGCUGUGCAAGAUACAAUCGAGUGUCUUUCAAAGAAGCAGCAAAAUAUGAUAACUACAUGGACCAUGAGGGCUGUGGUGGCUAAUGACCUCUUCACUGACGAAAGUUUCACGUUUUCAAAAGCAACGGGCAAAAUUAAAGAAGCAGUUUCAAAUCUUCCUGUUGCAACUGAAGAUGAUGAUGUAGAAGAGGCUGCUGCUUUGAAAGAAAAGACAGAACCCGUGAAUGAAGAACCCCAGCUGGGUAAUGAGGAGGAGAGUGAUCCAUUUGGACUUGAUGCUUUGAUUCCAAGCGCAUCAAAGAAAGAUGACACAAAGGGGAAGAGGGUGACCUUGACUAAAGCAAGAAAAGGAGAAGACGAAGAAGAAACCAAGAGAUUCCUGAGAUCGCAGCGAGAAGCCUUGAUUUCCUGUUUAGAAAUUGCCGCGAAUCGUUACAAGACCCCAUGGUGCCAAACAUCUAUUGACAUCUUAGUCAAGCAUGCCUUUGAUAAUGUUUCAAGGUUCACAUCCCGACAGAGGGAUGCUAUUGAGAAACUUUGGGCUUCUGUACGUGAACAGCAAGUCCGGAGGAAGCAAGGGAAAUCUGUGUCUGGGAAACUUGAUGUAAAUGCUUUUGAGCAUCUCCAGGCAAAGUAUGCAAAUGAGAAGAUCAGCAUCCGGCGUGCUGUUGGAGGCAGUGGGGAUAGAAAGUGUCAACAGUGGCUUGGUUGAUUUGAUUCUAGUAAUGAAAUCUGUAGCAAGGCACGUUCUGGUUGCAGAAUUAGUCACCGGUAGUUUUGAUUGUAUAAUUGUAUUUGCUCUGAGAAAGAGGACUGAAAACUUGACAAGUAUAUGAAUUCAAUGGUCACUGAAAGUGAAACACUACCAAACCUUUUCUUCGUUCCUUGUGCGUCUUAAUGAAAUAUUACAUUGUUAGA